AUGUCAAAACCUAUAUUAUCUAGAAAGCAAAGCAAAGAGUCCAUAAUUCCUGCAAAAACAGAUACUCUAUCACAAACUCAGCCAAUUAGCUCAUCGCUUCUAAAAAAUUUUUCUGCAUUAAGCUUAUCAAUUUCAAAAUUUCCUAAAUUAAACGAAUCAUUGAAGCUUAAAAACAAGUCUCCACUUAAGAAAAUCGUAAGAUCACGGUCAAAAUCCACACUAAAGCAUCCAAGUGAUCUAAAUUUAUCAAAAAUUGAUAUCGUUAUUUGCAGAUUUUUGAACUUUACCACCUAAGUGUGGAAAUUUUUUUCCGCGUGUGAAAAGGUGUUUUUCACGUGUGGAGCCCUUUUGAUUUCACAUGUGUAAUCCUCUUUUCACACGCGGAAAAAUUUCCACACUUAGGUGGUAAAGUUCAAAAAUCUGCAAAUAACGAUAUUAGUGUAAAGCCAAAAUCAAAAAGACAUAACAGAUCAUGCUCCUCCAGCUUCAUCAUGGACCCUCAAAAUAAAACUUUUAUUGGGCUAUCAGAAGGAAAACCAAAUGAAAGUAAAGUGGUAAAGCUUGACCAGUCCAUUGACAAUUUCAAAGCAAUUUCUGUCGAAAAUUCAUGCGAAUUAAAAUUUACGAAUUCUCCUGAUCUUGAGCACAAGUUUGACCAAGAACUAAAAAAAUUUGAAAAAAUGACCGAUAAUGAUUUUAAAUUAGAACAAAAGUUUUUAUUUGCAAAAAAUACAUUUUCAAAAAUCCUUGAAAACGACAAUGAGUUUACCUCAAUUUUAAUUAAAAUAAAAGGUGUCUAUGAUGCAUACAUAGAACAUUUACUUUUAAAAUGCGAAAACAAGUUAAAAAAAUCGAUAGAUUUGCAUUUAGAAAGCAAAAAUUUGUCUAAUCACAUUGAAAAAUCAAGAGAAAAAAUCAUAGAAGACUACAAAAAAUUAAAAACAGAAUUAAAUGCAGCAAACAAAAAAAUCAACGAUUCAGUUGUUAGGGAGAAAAAAUACAUUAAACUUUUAAGUUCACUCGAAAAGCAAGGGUACCCCAUACAAGAAAUCUAUAAUAAUCUCAAAAUGGAACCGAAAAAGAACAGAAGUUCUCUUGCUUCAAUCGAUGAAGACUCAUCAACAACUACAGAUUAUUCAGAGGUUUCUAGUCUAAAACGUGAUAGUAACGUUCCGAUCCCGAAAUUGUCGCUUCCCGAACACUUAUCUGAUGGUUAUCAUCAAGAAUUCAUGUCUAAAUUUAGCGAGUUUUCUGAGUCAUGGAGAAUUCAAAUAGAAAAAGACAAAAGAUAG